GGACAUCACAAGAGCUUAAAUAGUAGCAGAGGAAAGUACGCCUGAUCGGUCGCGACAGAAAGUCUCUUCAGAGACUAUCCACGGAGAACAAACGAGAGAAAACCAAACGAGCGAGACGAUAUGUACAAGCUUGCCGUACUAGCUUCAGUGGCUCUUGCCGCUUGGGCUCUGCCACAUCCCGCUUAUGGACCCGGGGUCGCACCACUAGCGUACGCUGCAGCCUCACCUAUCGUAGCCAAAAUCGCCGAGCCUAUCUAUCCUCCACAGCCGUACUCAUUUGGCUACGAAACGGUAGACGAGUACGGAACAAAAAGUGCCCGGCAUGAAGAGUCUGAUGGGCACAACAACAAAAAGGGUUCAUAUUCCUUCACCGACGCUCAUGGCAUCUCGCGUCGUGUUGAUUACGUCGCCGAUGCGGCAGGUUUUCGCGCCACCGUCAAUACGAACGAGCCUGGGACAGCGCCCUCGGCACCGGCUGCAGCACUCUUCAAUGCCCCUUCACCGCUUAAAAAAGUUGCGGUAGCAGCAGCCGCUCCGAUUGCCGCUUAUGCGCACGCUCCAACCUACGGGCGCCCUCAUCAUAUCUAGUGUGAAAUCGAUUCCCUAAAGAGAGAAGUUACCAAUUUUUAGUUAUUCUGUAUAUUGUAGCUCCUGAGGUCUACGUUUCUUUAAACAUAUCGACAUGACCCCUUAAGAACUGAAUAUCAUGUCGGCUUAAUAAAUGCUCAAUAGAGCACGUAUGCCUUUUGUCCUAAAAGA